UUUUUUUUCAUGAUUUCAGCGAUCGUUGACGAGAAAUGGCUUCUUUGGCGGCGUUUUGAUGACGACGGUUGAACAAAACCAUUUCAUCUUCUAAAGGUUUUAUAUUUCUAUUUUAUCUCACAACACAAAAUUCAAUAGCCUUAGGGUGCGGGAAAUCGCUUAAUAACUGAACUAUGUUUGAAAGAGGUUGACGAGAGACAAAACACGCCGCAUGAACGAUGGAAUCGCCCAAGGCUUUCGGCCAGUGAUGAAUUCAAUUUCCUUAUUCAACUUUUCUUUUAAACAAAAGCGAUUUCCAGAUGCUAGUAGAACUGGAUCCCUGAGUAAUGGAAGUGCUCGAUAGCAGACAUCAUAGGCACCGCCACUUAAUAAAAUUAUACAUACAACUAACUUGUUUCAAAAUUACCUUCCUAAUGAAAGAUCGAAGUAAAGCAGUGCCUUUGAGAAAAGCCAUCAACGGAAACACCAAGAUGGACACCCAUCUAAAGAGAUUUUACACACUUUCGUGAUCACCUUGUUUACCCAAUUAUGUAAAUUUGUACAUUGGUGUCAUUCAUGCGGCCUAUCCACCACAGGAUAUCUGAUAUUCUAGCUUUUCGAACAUGCCGCUGUCACGCACAACACAAAACAAUGUUCUAGACAAGACGUACCAUUGGAACACGCUUUAUUUCUGUCGUAGCUUAGCGUCCGUCGAGUCGAUUUGGGCUUGUCAUGUUCUCAGGACUUAAUUGAGACUUCAAGAGGUAUUAAUCGUAUCCUUAAAGAAACGCUGGACAAUACCGGAAGACUCCGAGGUUUUAUUUCCCGAUUAUGCUCCUUCUUACGCCAAGUCACACUGUAGUCUUUUUCGUACUUUGUAUUUUUGGGCAUCUCAUGGACACGGCACUGAGUUGUGACAAAGACGCACGUUGUAAACCUCACCAGGUUUGUUGUGGAAAACGCUGUCGAUCGUGGCCUAAGUGCUUUCUAAACAGCGACAUGGAGUGUUAUUAUGACACGCAUUGCAUCAAAGCAGCAGUUUGUGUGUCCAAUGUGUGUAAACCCCGAAAACUGCUUCCAACUUCAUGUAAGACGGAUGAAGACUGUAGCUUUCAAAAGCAUUCUAAAUCAUUUGAUGGGAUUGUGAGUACCAGUAAAUGCUGUCAAGGCAAGUGCUUUAAGACGAAAAGCUGCUUAGCGCUUAAGAUUAACUCAACGCUAACGACCCCGACAACAUCUCAAGCGAUAGGUGAGCAGCCGUGUUUGGAAACCACUAAAUGUCCAAGCGAACUAGAGUGCAUUAAUGCUAGAUGUAGAGUGAAGAAGGUUGUUGACUCCGCGAAGAGAAACAGUAAGGAAUCUGACACGACCUUGUCAAAAGCUGGGUUUUUGUCGGCGGCUAUAUUAACAGCAGCAGUAUUCUUAACCAUUAUGUGUUUUUGCUUCUUAAAAGAAACUAAAUAUGCUCAAAGACAUUAUAUGCGUCGAGCACAAAGAGAAACUCUAACUCAAAGUAAUUAUUUGAUUACAGUAGGGCAGCCUUCUGCCGUCUUUCAUGAUCAGCCUGAUCAGACUCAUUCAUCGAAUUCUAGAAAUAACAACCGAGCUUUUCAAAUUUCUGCCUCGUGGAUGUUAUUUCCAGGACUUUAUGGAUCUAAUCAAACGGAACGUAGUCACGGAGACGAAGAGAGAAAUCGCGAAGAAGAAGAAGGAGAUUGUAGUAGUUCUUGUACGAGGCCACCAUCGUAUAGAAGUGUUUGUUUUGAUCAUGAGCUUCCACCGUCUUAUGACGAAGCGAUGAAUUGCGAUCACUGUCAGAAUUACACACACAAUAUAACUUUAACUACGGGUUGUAAUAUACAGAACGACCAACAAAGUGCAUCGCUGGCUUAGAGAGAUUUUAUUACUAAAUGAUGCUCCUAUUUAGGAUAUAGGUGUAUAUAUAUAUGUACAUCUAUCAAUAUAUACUAGACUAACUGUGCUAUAUUGAAAUUCCAUUAUCGUUGUCAAAAAGUGAAGUUUCACUUAAUAUAUGAGAGCAACCAGAAUACAGAAUGUAGAAAAUCUCGAUUGGCAAUAGUCGUGUGUUUUAUUUGGAAUGAAUAUAAAUUGUAAAUAAUAUUCUCGAGAAGAUGAGGUUUGAAAUGAAAUAAGUUACAAUUUAAAGUGGAUUGUUUGGAUGGCUGGGAACGUCUAAAUACAAUAUAUGUAUUAUUCAUGGUUCGCAGUAGAGUCAAUCAAUUAAUAUGAUACCUUUGGUGCUCAUACAAAAGAACACUAAAUGCUAGAGAGUUGGUCGCAAAAAUUAACAGAUUAAAUCUGCUUAAGAGCAAUCAACACCCUCAUCUCUGUCUUGCGCGUAUUAAUGCAGAAUGUGUGCGUAGAGCUGUCGA